UUUGUAGCAUAAACUCUAUAAAAAAAAGUGAGGAAACACAAAUAAGUAAUAAGGAGAUCCAUGGAGGUUUCUUACACUGAUCAAGAAGUUGCAGUAGGAACGGUGAAGCUCAGUUCUAACAGACUCAACGACCUCAAAUCAUUCGAUGAAACAAAAACUGGCGUCAAGGGUCUUGUUGACAAAGGCCUUACAAAGAUUCCAUCACUCUUCCAUCACCAACAUGAUAAUACGAAAUCUCACAACUCAGAACAUACAAUUCCAGUUAUAGACCUUGAAGAUGUUGUUGUUACCAAAGAUCCAAGCAAACGCGAAGGAGUUGUUUCAAGAAUAAGGGAAGCUUGUAAGACAUGGGGUUUCUUUCAAGUGGUGAAUCAUGGCAUCCCUGAGAGUGUUCUUGAGGAGAUGAAAGAUGGGGUUAGAAGGUUCUUCGAACAAGAUGAUGAAGUGAAGAAGAAGUUUUAUACACGUGACCAAAAUAGGUCGUUUAUUUAUAACAGUAAUUUUGAUUUAUAUAGUUCACCAGCACUUAAUUGGAGAGAUACUUUUGUGUGUUAUCUUGCUCCUGAUAAUCCUAAACCACUGGAAUUGCCAGUAGUAUGCAGGGAUAUCCUUCUUGAAUAUGGGACUAAUAUUACGAAAUUUGGGAUUACACUCUUUGAAUUACUAUCAGAAGCUCUUGGUUUGCAUUCAAACUAUUUAAGAGACAUAGGUUGCACUUAUGGACAUAUUUUGCUUUGUCAUUACUACCCUGCAUGUCCUGAACCAGAACUAACUUUGGGAACCACCAAGCAUUCUGAUAACGACUUUAUCACGGUGCUUCUCCAAGACCAUAUUGGCGGCCUUCAAGUCCUUCAUGAGGAUAAGUGGAUCGAUAUACCGCCGGUACCAGGGGCUCUAGUGAUCAAUAUUGGUGAUCUUUUGCAGCUUAUAACAAAUGAUAUAUUUAAGAGUGUUGAACAUAGAGUACUGGCAAAUCUCAUUGGUCCAAGAAUAUCUGUUGCAAGCUUUUUCUGCUCAGGUACGAGAUCAUCAUCAAAGCUUUAUGGUCCCAUAAAAGAAUUGUUAUCCGAAGACAAUCCUGCAAAAUACAGAAACACUACGAUGGAGGAGUAUGUAGCAUACUAUAAUGCCAAAGGUCUUGAUGGAACCACUGCUCUUGAACAUUUUAGAGUUUGACUAGAAAACUUUGAAACUGGGGUUAGUUUAAUAAUCAUGUUGGUACUGAUAUUUAUCAAAUACAAUUUAAGGUAUAUCCCAAAGUCACAUAAUUUGUAAUUGUAAUUGAGAUUUAUUAGUUAUAUAUAAGUUGAAGAAUUUGGUUGGUUC